AAAACCGGGACAACAAGAAGAACAAAGACACCACGGGCCAAUGUCUCAGUCAAAAGCAAGUGCUGUGUCUCAGCUGGCGAUCAAGGAAUGGAUCACUGUCAUUGCGCUGAUCUUUGGAGGAUGCUGUUCCAACAUGUUCACACUUGAAAAGAUUGUUACCCACAACAAGGAUGCUGGAACAGUUGUCACGUUUACACAGUUCUUGUUCAUUGCCUUGGAAGGUUACAUCCACUUCUUCGAUAAGACAAGACCUCCUUUCUACAUCAAACAGAACCAUGUUCCCUUCAAGAGAUGGUCUGUUACGAUCAUCAUGUUCUUUUUGAUUUCCCUGUUGAACAACGUUGCAUUCAAUUUCAACGUUUCGGUGCCUAUUCAUCUCAUCUUUAGAUCUUCGGGGGCCGCUGUUGUGAUGGUGAUUGGGUAUCUUGUUGCUGGCAAGAGGUAUAACUGGACUCAGAUAUUCAGCGCAGUGCUACUGACGGUUGGCGCUAUCAUUACAACUCUAUACAAAGACAAGGAGUUGUUCAUGAAGAGAAGCGAGAUUGUGGACCCUGCCGAGGAAGCCAGCAAGGGGUUCUUCAGCUUGAUCACAGAUGAUUUGUUCUUCCUCACAGGUAUCGGUGUCCUUUUCAUCUCAGCCAUUUUAAUGGCUUUAAUGGGAUUAUACAACGAGGAGACAUAUAGACUUUAUGGUAAGCAUUGGCAAGAGAACGUUUUCUACUCUCAUCUCUUGGGGCUGCCAAUUUUCUUAUUUGUCUCCAACCGUAUCGUUUCAGAGUUCAAAGGUUUGCUGGAGUACCCAGAGACGUUUGACAUCUUGGGCUUGUUCCAUAUUCCACAGCAAAUUGCAUACCUUUUGCUCAACGUCCUCACCCAGUUUUUCUGUGUCCGUGGUGCCAACAUGCUCGCUGGUAGUACGACAGCGUUGACUGUUGCCGUUGUGCUGUUGUUGAGAAAGUUUGUGUCCCUGCUGUUGAGUAUGAUGCUCUUUAACAACCGUUUAAGUGUCACCGGAUCCUUUGGUGCCGCACUCGUGUUUAUCGGCGCCUUUCUCUACUCGUAUGGAUCAAGGCCACCUGCAAAGCCCCUGGCCACAGAACGCGGUGAAGUUGAGAUGUCCUCAUUUACAGUUGACCAGGGACCAUCAGACAAACGUACCGCUUAAACUUUUAGUACCACCUGCGUACAUGUCCGGAGUUCAUAGGUGUACAAGACAUUUAGAAAAAUCAAAUCGAGACGUAUUUGAGUUUAGCUCUAGAUGCGUCAAUGGAUAGAGUCAACCUUGACA